CGCGGGGGCACAUCGCAUAUGCGACAUGUCUAGUAGAGGUACCUAAGGUAUGAUUAAAUUUGCAUCCCGCUUGUCGGCGGGUGCGGGGACGAGCUUGUGACAAAAUUAUUUUAUUGUCGCUAUACUUUUAUAUGUUUAUACAUUUAUAUACUCUUAUACUCCUUUACUCUUAUACUCCCCCUCAACGCCUUUGCGAAAAUCUAGACUUAGAUUUUUCAUAUAGUCGUUGGGAAGCCAAUGCUCUCUGCGAGACUCUCUGGUUUAUUUGGGUUGGACUACUCUACUGGGAUAUCUUCUUUUAGUAUCGAAUCUUUACCCUGAAAACUUUAACAUUGGGUACCUAUAUAAAGAUUCUUUACUGCCUAGAGGAUACUCUUAGGUAGAGGUACCUAGGUUAGGAGGCAGCUAUCUAGAAUAUGCCGCGAUUUGUAUCGCAAUGCGCCCUGCCGCUUCCGGGCCGGCUAAAGGCGCUUCCGCUCCCCGUAGUCCAGAUCAUCGGGACCCUGGUAUUCGCCAACAUGAUCGUCUGGGCGGCCGUGGGCGUCGUUCUGCACUACUACCCGGCGAUGAUCAGCCCGGCCGUGCUCUCGUACACCUUGGGCCUCCGCCACGCCCUCGACGCCGACCACAUCAGCGCCAUAGACCUGAUGACCCGGCGGUUGAUUGCGUCAGGCCAGCGCCCGGUCACCGUCGGUACGUUCUUUAGUCUGGGCCACUCGACGAUCGUCAUCAUCACGUGCAUCGUCGUGGCCGCGACCAGCGGCGCCCUGCGCGACCGCUUUGACAACUUCCAGUACGUCGGCGGCAUCAUCGGCACCAGCGUCAGCGCGGCCUUUCUCAUCCUGCUGUGUCUGGGGAACGGAUGGGUCUUGUACCGCCUCGUGAGCCGCCUUCGCGCCGUGCUCCGCGAAUCGGACCCGCACCACCCCGAGGAGGCGGGGGAGGAGGAGGACCAAGCCGCGACGACGAAUUUGCAGCUCGAGGGCGCCGGGUUCCUGGCUACCGUCUUUCGGAGGCUGUUCCGUAUCGUGGACCGGCCGUGGAAGAUGUAUCCCCUAGGCGUUUUAUUUGGACUCGGGUUUGACACGAGCUCGGAAAUUGCCAUCCUAGGCAUUGCGAGUGUGCAGGGAGCACAGGGCACAAGUCUUUGGAUCAUUCUGAUUUUUCCGCUCCUAUUCACGGCGGGAAUGUGCAUGCUGGAUACGACGGACGGAGCCCUCAUGAUGGCGCUGUACACCUCAAAGGCCUUCGCGCGCGAUACUGUGGCUAUCCUGUACUACUCGAUCGUGCUGACGGGCAUCACGGUCAUCGUCUCGGCGUUCAUCGGCGUCAUCCAGGUCCUGUCGCUCGUGCAAAACGUCGCCGAACCCGAGGGUUCCUUUUGGGACGGUCUCGGCGAGAUCGGCGACCACUUCGAUAUCAUCGGCGGCUCUAUCUGCGGAUUGUUUCUUGUUGUCGGUCUUGGCUCUUUGCUUGCCUACGGGCCUUGGAGGCGCGGGGUCGAGAGGAGAAGGCGCAUCGAUAGCGAGGCGCAGAGGUUGCCGUCGGAUGAUGCUAAUGGUGCAUUUCACGACGUGGAAAGUUGAUUCGUGGGGAUAUAUACGUUGAUAUUAAUACCCAAAAUGACUGAUCUAAUAGAAAACAUCUAACCUUAGAUAUACACAAGUCAUAUCUUGCCAAUACGAUAAAACAUGAUUUAAUGAUGAUAUUUCAUUUUUUUAUUGAGUCGGGUCGUCGGUCUGAUUGAGUGGAAAGAGAUAUUCGGAGAGACUACCCUAAGUACAAUGCCAAAGGUGACAAUUUAAUAUAUAACUCACAACUCAUCAUCUAUCCUAUCUCCCGUCCGACCGCCUCUUUUCUGCCGCCAUGACCGCCGAACCGCAUUCCCCCCUCCCCCCUUAUGCAUAGAAGUUACCUAAUAGCCCCGUACCCGGGCUAUCCGGAUCCUGCGGAUCCUGUUCGUUCGUAGAGGCUU